GAUGGCUUAAAAAUUUAAAGAGAGAUUACUAUAAGGUAUAACAUUCUUUAACAUUUUUAUAGGUACUGGAGUCUCAAACAAGAAAUUUGAAUCUGAUUAUGCAAUGAAAUUGAUGUAAAAGAUGGGAUGGAAUCAAGGUCAAGGUCUUGGUAAGAAUAAAGAUGGUCAAACAGAUUGUGUAUAAAUUGAAAGAAGAGCUGAUUAAUUGGCUGUAUUUUAUUUGUUUUUAUUCAUCUAGCUUGGAGCCCAAUAGUACAGUUUGGGAUAAAGUUGGAAUGAUUUAUGGUGGGAAUAGAGUUAUUCAAGUAGUCUCAAGAAUCUUAAACCUAUAUCCACUAAAAAUGUAAUUAGUAUUACUAUUAUUCAUUUAGCUUCCAUAACCAAUCUCAUCAGAUGAAGAAGAUAAAUUCUCAGAUUAUGAAAAACAUAAAAUUAAUCGUUCCUAAAAACCAAAAACAUAUGCUUAAUCAGUUAAAGUUUUAAUUGAAUAAGAUAGUGACUCAGAAAAUGAUACCUUCAUAGCAAUUCAAAAGAAAAAAAUUAAAAAGACAAAAUGAUC